UUGUUAUUUGCUGAUAUUAUUUAUCUCUUCCUCUGAUAGCUACCGCGAGUUCAUAUCCAUAUUCAUUGGGAAAACUAGUAGCAUCCUCCUUCCACAAAUAGUUUUUAGGGUUCGAGGAGAGCAUGGUGCGAGCACGGAGGGUAGUGCGUAAGCCGAAGGUCAAGAAGGUAGAGGAAUAUGAUAGUGAUGACCCUGCUGCUUACAAGGAUGAGCAAGUUCCAGAUAAGAAGUCCUCAAAGUAUGUGGAGGAUAAAAUAGAUGAAUUCCACAACAAAAAAAUCUCGAAUCUCUUGGCUCGUGGUGUCCAAGAGGACAGUGAUGCUGAGGAGUAUGCUGAAGAGGAAGAAGUUAUGCCUCUGACUGUUAAUGACUCAGAGGAAGACGACGAUGAUGAUGAGGAAGAGGAGGAAGAGGAUGAAGUCGAAGGAGAGAACAGAGACAUGGACAGUGACCUGGAAGGGAAAAGGGAUGAUGAUCUCCCAGAUGACAUGGCUUGGGGACACAAGAAGAGGAUGUUCUAUGACUCAGAUUAUGUUGCUGCAAAAGGUAAAUCCUUAGAGGAGGCAGAGGCAGAAGACAAAGAAGAAGAGGAAGAAGCCAAAAACAUCCAGAAGCGCUUAGCAGCGAACCUAAGUGAGGAGGACUAUGACUUAAGUCUGCUUCAGGAAUUUGCUGUGGAGGAGGAGGAGUCCAAGAAGACUGUAGAGAAGGAGGAGAGGAUUGUUAAAGACCUGAACAAAAUGUCCCAGAAGGAGAAACUCAAACUUUUGAAGAAGGAGUCUCCAGAGUUACUGGAGCUCAUUCAGGACUUUAAGGCAAAGCUCACUGAAUUGAGAGAUGAGAUACAGCCUCUUGUGGAGAUGGUUAGCAAUGGGAGAAUACUGCCAGGAAAGGUUGCCAACUACCUCAUAAACAAACAGCAGCUAUAUCUGAACUAUUGCACAAAUAUAAGUUUUUAUUUGGUUUUGAAAGCUAAGCGAAUCCCAGCGCACAGCCACCCAGUAAUUGAGAGACUUGUGGCCUACAGAAACCUAAUAAAUGAGCUGAGUGUCGUAGAUACCAGACUUGCUCCGCAACUGCGUCAGCUGCUUUCAGGAGACGAGCAGGAGAAGAUGAGCAAAAAGCCAGAAAGCAGCAAGAAGAUCAGCAAGACCCAGGAAUCUGAAAUGGCUGAGUCGGAGGAGUCAGAGUCUGACUUGGACGAGGAGGCAGCUCUGCUCUUCUACAAAGGCGUUGAAGAGAGGCUUAAACUGAAGAGGAAUAGGAAGGAACUGCAGACCGAGGAGGAGUUGAUGGAAGAGGAGGAAGAAGAACUAGAUGGAGAGACUAAGAGAGGCAUCACCUACCAGAUGGCCAAGAAUAAAGGACUCACACCAAAGAGGAAGAAAAUUGACCGGAAUCCCAGAGUCAAACACAGAGAGAAGUACAGACGUGCCAAGAUUCGCCGGAAGGGCCAGGUUCAGGAAGUCCGACGUGAGGAAACAAGAUACAGUGGUGAACUGUCUGGUAUCCGUGCUGGAGUUAAGAAGAGUAUCAAACUUAAGUAACUUCAGUGGUGGAACAAAUGAUGGUGGCCCCUACAGAUUCGCUAUUUUAGAUGUCGAUAAAGCAAGUCCACAGUUUUCUCCACCCUGGAACUUUCACUUUUGUUUUUCUGUUGGUUUACACCCUUGACCCCUUGCAAGUUAUGACUUUUGAAAAAUAUGUAAGUCUGCAAAAUCCAUGUUUUCUAUAUCCAUGUUUAGUUACAGUGUCAUGAAAAAUAU